CCACAGGUUAAUAUAAUCCUUGAUCCUUGUUUGGCCUUAACUAGCUCGAGGUUUACAGGAGGUUUUGACCACUCGUUAAACACGAACAAAAUAAAGGAAAAAGAUGAAUACUCAUUGAUUAGCCGGACCGAUACUCUUGGGCCAUCCAAGAAUGACUGCAAGGCAUAAGCUAGUAGUUGCUCACUUGACAACCAGCCAGCAAGUUAAACGGAAAAUGAGGUGGAAAAGUGCUCGCAUUAGUUUUCUUCGAACCGUAGCUUAGCAAAAAGCCAAAUCCUCAGCAUAGAUUGCUGUUCGCAUCUGUCCAAGAACCAAGACUCUUGGGUUGACCGAAGAUUCUGAUGCCAGGCGGCAAAAACCACUUGGCGAUGAGUACGAGAGAGCAACUUCUGCCUUCUUCCUCCCGAUCCAAACCUAACGGAUUGCUCAAUGCAACGACAGCAACCUUUUCGACUUCGGGCUUUCCUCCCAUCAUUUUCUCACCUUAGCUGUUCAUCGGUAUUAAGUCUGUCACUUCUCCAACUUCUCUACCUGCACUCACAUUCCGGCUCUUAUCGCUAGAGCUUCUUUGGGGGGGUUGUUCCAUCAGGAUGGCACACAAUGCUCACGAGACUGUGAUCAGCAUAGGCAAGCCAGCGGGUUUCACUGGCGGGCUUGAGUUCACUGACCUCACAUACUCUGUCACCUCGAAGAAGAAAGUGGAAGGGAAAUGGGUCAGCAAGGAAAUCGAUCUCCUCAACAGAAUCACAGGGUAUGCACCAAAGGGCUGCAUUACUGCUGUUAUGGGGCCUAGUGGAGCUGGGAAAUCCACUCUGCUUGAUGGGUUGGCUGGUAGGAUUGCCAGUGGGAGCUUGAAAGGCAAAGUCUCGUUGGACGGUAAAGAGACGAGCCCUGGAUUGAUCAAGAGAACAUCGGCUUACGUUAUGCAAGAUGAUCGUCUCUUCCCCAUGCUCACUGUCUACGAGACACUGCUCUUCGCUGCCGAUUUCCGGCUGGGCGCGAUCCCCAUCUUCGAGAAGAAAGAUCGGGUCGAGAAGCUGAUCGACCAGCUUGGCUUGUCCUCUACCAGGAACACUUACAUUGGAGAUGAAGGAACCAGAGGUGUCUCUGGAGGAGAGCGGCGGCGGGUUUCCAUUGGUGUUGACAUCAUCCAUGGCCCGUCUCUGUUGUUCCUCGACGAACCCACUUCAGGGCUGGAUUCAACGAGCGCCAACAAUGUGAUCGAGAAGGUCCGCGGCAUAGCGGAAUCGGGCAGCACCGUGAUCCUGACAAUCCACCAGCCUUCAUCGAGGAUCAUCCAACUGCUGGAUCAUCUCAUCAUCCUUGCUCGAGGGCAGCUCAUGUAUCAGGGAGCGCCGACCGACGUGCCUCGCCAUUUGGGGAGAAUGGGGAGGAAAGUGCCCAAAGGGGAGAGCUCGAUUGAGUACUUGAUCGAUGUGAUUCAGGAGUAUGACCAAUCUGAUUUAGGAGUUCAGGUUCUGGCUGAGUUCACUAGAACUGGGAUGAAACCACCGCCGCUGGCUGGAGGAGGCGAUCUGUUAUCGACGGUGGCGCGAACCCCACUUCCAUCCCGCCUCGCCAACAAGGCGGCUGCGAAACAGAGCGCUGCUUCUGGGAAGCAGCGGCUUCAUUUGAAGGCGGCGGGGAUCGAGCAAGGUGGCGGCGAUGAUGAUUUUGAUCGCAGUAUUAGGAGCCCUUCCUGGAGCGGUACGCCUACUGGAAUCAUGCAGACUCUCAGGUUCACUCCUUCCCGUCAGAGGAAAGAAACAAAAGCACACAACACAAUGAGCAUUUCUUCCCCGGGAUACUAUGCGUACUCGAGCGAGAUCCUGGCCAGCACCCCGACCCCUCACAGCAGCGAUUACACCGUAAACGAGAACGAUUACUUAACUCCCGGCGCUGCUUCCUACCUGUCUCCUCACGGCCCGAAAUUCGCAAAUUCGUUCUUCUUGGAGACAUGGAUUCUGAUCAGACGCAACUUCAAGAACAUCCGCCGCACUCCCGAGCUCUUCCUCUCCAGGCUGAUGGUCCUCACCGUGAUGGGAUUCAUGAUGGCGACCAUGUUCAUGAAUCCCAAAGCCGACCUCCAAGGGAUAACCAACCGCCUCAGCUUCUUCAUCUUCACCGUCUGCCUCUUCUUCUUCUCGUCGAACGACGCCGUGCCGGCCUUCAUUCAGGAGCGGUUCAUCUUCGUCAGGGAGACUUCUCACAACGCCUACAGAGCGUCAUCCUACACGAUCGCUGGGGUAAUCACUUACCUCCCUUUCCUGCUGCUGCAAUCGGCCGUCUACGCCGCCAUUGUCUGGAACGCCCUCAAGCUCCGCGGGCCGUUUUACUACUUCUUGCUGGUCCUCUACGUCUCUCUGCUCUCUACCAAUUCCUUUGUCGUGUUCGUGAGCUCCGUGGUGCCGAAUUACAUCCUGGGUUACGCUUCGGUGAUUGCGUUCACGGCUCUCUUCUUCCUGUUCUGUGGGUAUUUCUUGAGCAGCGCCGAUGUUCCGCCGUACUGGAAGUGGAUGAACACGAUCUCCACGAUUACGUAUCCGUACGAAGGGCUGCUGAUGAAUCAGUAUCAGACGGAUGAGGUGUUCGGGAGCACGAAAGAAGGGCCGAUUACCGGGUUCGGGAUCCUGCAUUCUCUGAAUAUCAGCGGGGAAGAAUCAGAGAAGUGGAAGAGGAUUGCGGCAAUGUUGGGUUGGGCUGCUCUUUACAGGGUCUUGUUCUAUGUUGUUCUGCGAUUCUUCUCCAAGAAUCAGAGGUCGUAA